AUGGAUAACCGUGGCGCUUCUAAGAAUCAGACCGGUACACUUAGAGCUCAACUUCAAAAGGCAUUGGAGGAAAAUCGUGAGGACAGUUCCGGAUGUGAAGAUACAACAACCACAACAUCUUCCGAAGACAACCAUAUCGUUCGUGCCGAUCGUGACCGCUCAGUCUUUCACAAGGACCCCCAGAGUAGACAUCACCACAGGCUUCAACCCGUGUCCGAUCGGAGAAGACAAGCAGUCGACAGCUUGUCGAACAGAAUGAGUGGGAAUUCAGAAUCUGCAUCAAAGAAAGCCGUCAAACGAGCGAAGUAG